UAACCAUUGCUUAUCAAAGGUACACUCCACCAUAUAAGUAUAUAAAUAUGGUGGUCCUUUGAACAGUUCUCAUUACUGAAUGAUAAAUGGGAAGGAAAAAGGGCGCCAUGGCUGGUGGAAUGUGUACAGAUAGACCCGACCUUUAAGAAGGCUGCAGAGUCCUUGUUCUUGUUAUUGUGAGAAAGCGAUAUCAAAUAUCAAUUGAUCUCUGAUAAUUAUUUAUGAAGAGAAAGUGACCUUUUGGAAGAAAUGAAAGGUAAAUUAUGGUAAAAUUAUCUUUACCAGUCAAACUACAUUGAUACCCAUAAACUAGCACACUGCUGAUCACGACCACACCAAACACAAUUCUGUUUUUCUUGGUCGAAAGCACCAAAUCUAUUUAUUAUCUUACCAGAAAGGUUGCUGGAUGUAUCUGCAGAACUAGACUGAUAGACUGAGGAAUUGAGAUUAAAGACUACUAGUCUACUACUGCCUCUGCUCAGUCUGUCUCAUUUUACUUCUAUAUGUACUGAUCAUCACAACUCUCAAAACCUUAUUGCUAGCAAGCAAACAAGCUACCCUCUGCCAUCACCAACAGACCAGGGGGAAAAGGAAAGGAGAAAGCCAUAAAAAGGAGGGAAAUAUUGAGGGCAAUGCAGAUAAUAAUGACAUCUUUUUUAACUUAGAUGAGAAGACAUACUUGAACUUUUAGAUGAUGUCUUUCUUAAAUGUUUGUUCUUCGCCAUAUUGACUUUUAUGAUAGUAAAUAAUAACUCGAUCGGAAUAACAGGCGAGUCAAGACACACAACCUUCGUUAUCAAACCACAUCCACAAACGAAUAUCCAAUAUAUUUCGGUAACAAUAGUUGCACUUUACCAAAUCUAAUUUGUAAAAUACCCAAUUUGGAUUUGAGUGAGUUUAAUAAUUAAGUAGUGUUAGUGGGUGGGUUUAAUAUUGUAAAACCUCAUUUCCUUUCCUCCUCUCUGCAAAUUGAUCCUCCAUAAUCAGUCCAUCACAAGAUCACAUUGUCUCCAACGUCUCUUGUCUGGUCAGUUGUCAGGUACAUAACAUUACAUAUCCUCGUCAUGACUCUCUCUUUUGCCCUUUUGCUUCCUUUCCUCCCUAUUAUUUAAACGUAGCAGCACACCCACCCUCCAUACUACUACUAGAUACUCUGCUGCUCUCACCCAUUUCACCUUCAUUCACUCUCCUCACCACCAUGAACGACAGAACCACAGCAAUAAGCAGCAGCACGAUAGUGAGCAAGAAGAAGAAGAUGACCAUGAAGAAGGCCAACAACAAGAUGAUGAAGGGCUUCAUGUGUCAGAAUACUGCUCCUGCUAAAACAAUCAUAUCCCCUGCUGCAUUGUUUGUCUGUGGCGCCAACGAUCUCCCUCUUACUUCCGCCAUUGUUCCAGCCGCCACCAGGCCCCGGCUGCUUCUCAAGAAGUACAACAUAGUCAACUCCUCCACAGCCGCCAAUAUUAAGUACUCCAGGUUGCAGCAGCAGAAGCAGGUUGAGGCAGGGGAGCCCCUGAAGCUGUUGAAGAAACCCAACAUUGUAGUCGAUGACGACGAAGAUGGUAGCAAAAUCAUCCGCCACUCCUUCCAGGUGGUUGUAAUGAGAGUUUCACUUCAUUGCCAAGGUUGUGCUGGACAAGUCAAGAGGCAUGUUUCCAAGAUGGAAGGAGUGACAUCAUUCAGCAUAGAUCUAGAGGAACAGAAGGUGACAGUAAUGGGCCAUGUUUCACCACUUGUGGUUGUGCAGAGCAUUUCCAAGGUGAAGAGAGCUGAGCUUUGGCCCACUUCUCCUUCUUCUUCAUCUGAUGUCUAAAAUUAAUGGAACACCAGAAGAAGAAUUGAAGUCAGUAGAGAGAGAGAGAGAGAGAGAGAGAGAGAGAGAGAGAGAGGGUAGUAUAUGUAUGUCAGUUGGCCAUUUUCUAUGUCUGGAAAUGGGGAUUGGGAAUUACCAAUGUACUCUACUUGCAGAUAUCUCUAUCAGUUACUUACUUACUGCUGCUGUUACUUCCAUGCAUCUGCAUGAGCAUGAGGCUGUGUAGUGCCCUUAUUUAUUAGGUUACCUUCCCUCUGGGUGUGGGGCAGAUUUUCUGCCUUUUUGCUCUUAUUAGUUUGAGUAUUGAAUGGUGUGGUCCUUAUGAGUUCAGGACUCAGGACCUUCCCUCUCUAUCUAAAGGGUAAUAUACCAAUGGUAAUAUU